CGAACUCCUGGGAUCAAGUGAUUUGCCCACCUCAUCGUCCCAAAGUGCUGGGAUUACAGGCAUGAGCCACUGUUACGGUCCUAUGUUUUACUUUAAAUAUUUAAAAGCCCUUUGCUUUUAGCUGCGAAAAUACAGUUAACAAAAUAAAAAUCAUAAAUAUUCGUCAUAUUGGCAUAUACCAGACCUCAAUAAAUGAGAGCUCUUGUGAUGAUUCUGCUUUCCCCUUUUACAGAUGGGGAAACUGAGGUUCAGAGCGGGGUGGGGAUUUUCUAGGGUCACUCAGGGAACCAUCUAGAAGGAAGUAGUGAAGAGAGAGGAACAGGUGCUUCCUCCAGAAAGAGGGUCUUCUCGCCCUCGCUCCCCUUCCUCACAUGCCCUCCUUACUUGUCCUCCAGAGCCCCGGGACAAGUGAGGGGGAGGGGGAGGGGCAUUGGGAGGAACCCACCCCCACCCCUGGCUCGCAGGUGCCACCACCCCCACUCCCUGCCCUGGCCCCAGGCCAAAGGGACUUUUCAUGACAGCUAAAAUGAGACCUCUGAGUAAAUCUGGAACUUCUGUGACGACCUGAGAAUAUUCCCCAGGCUGGGGGUCAGGGGCCCCAUGGAGGGCCCCCGACUGCCCAGGACAUCUGUGUCUGGAACCCAGCCUGCUGGUCUCUGCAGCCCCCAGGAAGGAUCUGGCCACCUCCGCCCCUCAGGGGCGCCCACUGUCCCCAGGGAAGUGGGGUCUGUGGGAGUCAGCAUGCCGUGUGGCUCGGCCGUCCCCUUGCUCCUGCUGCUGCUCCAGGGAGGCUGGGGCUGCCCCGCCCUCGUCUGCUACACAGAUUACCUCCAGACGGUCAUCUGCAUCCUGGAGAUGUGGAACCUCCACCCCAGCACGCUGACCCUCACCUGGCAAGACCAGUAUGAAGAGCUGAAGGACGAGGUCACCUCCUGCAGCCUCCACAGGUCGGCCCACAAUGCCACGCAUGCCACGUAUACCUGCCACAUGGAUGUGUUCCACUUCAUGGCCGAUGACAUUUUCAGUGUCAACAUCACAGAUCAGUCUGGCAACUACUCCCAGGAGUGUGGCAGCUUUGUCCUGGCUGACAGCAUCAAGCCGGCUCCCCCUUUCAACGUGACCGUGACCUUCUCAGGACAGUAUAAUAUCUCCUGGCGCUCGGAUUAUGAAGACCCUGACUUCUUCAUGCUGAAGGGCAAGCUUCAGUAUGAGCUGCAGUACAGGAACCGGGGAGACCCCUGGGCUGUGAGUCCAAGGAGAAAGCUGAUCUCAGUGGACUCAAGAAGCGUCUCCCCCCUCCCCUUGGAGUUCCGCAAAGACUCGAGCUAUGAGCUGCAGGUGCGAGCAGAGCCCAUGCCUGGCUCCUCCUACCAGGGGACCUGAAGCGAGUGGAGUGACCCGGUCAUCUUUCAGACCCAGUCAGAGGAAUUAAAGGAAGGCUGGAACCCUCACCUGCUGCUUCUCCUCCUGCUUGUCAUAGUCUUCAUUCCUGCCUUCUGGGGACUGAAGACCCACCCAGCAUGGAGGCUGUGGAAGAAGACAUGGGUCGUCCCCAGCCCCGAGAAUUUUUUCCUGCCUCUCUACAAGUGCUACGGAGGAGACUUCAAGAAAUGGGUGGGUGCACCCCUCACCGCCUCCAUCCUGGAGCUGGGACCCUGGAGCCCAGAGGUACCCUCAGCCCUGGAGGUGUACAGUUGCCACCUACCACAGAGUCUGGCCAAGAGGCUGCAGCUCACAGAGCUGCGAGAACCGGCAGAGCUGGUGGAGUCUGACAGCGCGCCCAAGCCCAGCUCCUGGGCCACGGUCCAGAACUCCGGGGGCUCAGCUUACAGCGAGGAGGGGGACCGGCCGUACGGCCUGCUGUCCAUUGACACAGUGACUGUGGUAGAUGCAGAGGGGCUGUGCACCGGGCCUUGCAGCUGUGAGGAUGACGGCUACCCAGCCCUGGAUCUGGACGCUGGCCUUGAGCCCAGCCCAGGCCUAGAGGACCCACUCUUGAAUGCGGGCACCACAGUCCUCUCCUGUGGCUGUGUCUCGGCUGGCAGUCCUGGGCUAGGAGGGCCCUUGGGAAGCCUCCUGGACAGACUAAAGCCAUCCCUUGCAGAUGGGGAGGACUGGGCUGGGGGACUGCCCUGGGGUGGCCGGUCACCCGGAGGGGCCUUAGAGAGUGAGGCGGGCUCGCCCCCGGCCGGCCUGGAUAUGGACACGUUUGACAGUGGCUUCGCGGGCUCUGACUGCAGCAGCCCUGUGGAGUGUGACUUCACCAGUCCUGGGGACGAAGGACCCCCUCGGAGCUACCUCCGCCAGUGGGUGGUCAUUCCCUCGACACUCUCGAGCCCUGGACCCCAGGCCAGCUAGUGAGGCUGACUAGCUGUCCAGAGCUGGCCACUGGCUACCGGGUCCUGAGCCAGAGACAAGGCCACCUGGGCUGUGAUUGAAGACACCUGCAGCCUUUGGGCUCCCAGAUGAGCCA